ACAGACGUUAAUGGUCGCGCGCGCAAACUGUCUGCGCACGCAUGGACUCGCGAGCUGAUACGCGCCAUUCACGAGGAUUUCGGUUCGUUGGGAGGAUUUAAUGAGUUGGAUCGGGAUUUGGGUGUUUGAAGUUUUGAAAAAAAAAAGUGUUUUUGCCUCACAUAUUAAGUGUUGCAGUUUGUUACUAUGGGAUUUACCGAUAGCAAGAUGAGUGAUUUGAAUUUUCUACCAAAGAAGCAUACAAAUUUCAGUAUCGAUAGUAUUUUGCUGAAAAGUUCCGCAUCUGCUAUGAGGGCCCUCGAAGGGGACCAAAAAGUGGAUCUAACCAUGAAAACGUGUGUAAAGUUUGAAGCAAGUGACCUAAAAGCUACAUCCUGUGGGACGGCGAUGUCCCCGUCUUCAUCUUCAACUUCGCCGUCGUCAUUAUCCAAUCAACGUCCCCUGAAUCGGGUGCUGGCCAAUCCUUGGUGCUCCCGGGGACCGUUAAUGUUUGACCCGAAGAUCAUCACCGGUGCAGCGAAAAAUUUGAUCGAGCCUGCAACCAUUGGAGCCGUGGCGAACUCAUCAGCUACCAGCACAAUUGGGUCUUCCAACGAGGCAACACCUUCCGUGGCCUCGGCAAGCGUUCCGUUUAUACCGCUCAUAAAAACGGAAGUUGAGAGAAAAGUGAUGCUAAGCGCGUAUGCUAAUAGCAGUGUAAUUGAACGUAACAGAUUAUCUAUCAAUUAUCCCUAUCCGGUCGGAAUUUUCAACGCCUAUGCUGCAGCAGCAUCGCUGGCAUCUCAUCACCAUCAUCAUCUGCAGCAUCACCACCAUCAGCUUCUUCAGCAGUCCUCCAGUACGACAACGGCCGCUCAUUAUCCGCCAGCGAGUAUCACAUCCAGCAGCUUAUUCAGCAAUCUGUAUCACCAAACCGAAAAAAGCGACGAGAACCAAAACCACAUUUUCCCUCACACACCCACAACGAGUGCAGCGGGCAGCAUUUGCAAUUCUGCUGCCACCGUCGAUUCCGGAAACGAUGGCGAAGAUGGUCCGUUUUUCUCCUUCAACGACACAUCGGAUUCGCUGUUAUCUUACGGCGCCCAGAAAAUGUCCCCCACUAGUCUGAUGGGAGCAUUCCCUUUGGGAUCGUUUUCUGAAUUUUCCUUCCAAUGCCAGAUGUGUGAUAAAAUUUUCGGCUGUCAAGAAACGCUGCUGGCUCACGAAAAAACGCACAAAUCCACGCCGCGCUUCGAGUGCGAGGAAUGUGGCAAGGGAUUCUCACAGCUGCGCAACUACAAGUACCACAUCUCGGUGCACCGAGGAACCAAGGAAUUCGCCGCGAAAUGUCCCGAAUGCGGAAAAGUGUUCAACGACAAGGGAUAUCUGAGCAGCCACAUGAAAAUCCACCGGAACAAGAAGGAAUACGUUUGUCCCCAUUGUCCGAAAUCUUUCAAUCAGCGGGUGGCCUUCAACAUGCACGUGAGAAUUCAUACAGGAGUUAAACCCCACAAGUGCAAUGAAUGUGGAAAGAGAUUUUCGAGGAAAAUGCUUCUCAAGCAACAUUUACGAACGCACUCCGGAGAAAAACCGUACCAGUGUUCCGUCUGUGGGAAAAGUUUUGCUGACCGUAGCAACAUGACCCUGCAUCACCGGUUGCACUCGGGCAUAAAACCGUUUGCCUGUCCGAUUUGUCCGAAAGCGUUCACGAAAAAGCAUCACCUCAAAACACACCUUAACUAUCACACCGGGUACAAACCGUACAAGUGCCCCCAUCCUAACUGUGGCCAAACGUUCACACAGUCCAGCAACAUGAGGACUCAUGCGAAAAAGUGUCAGUUCAAACCGCCCGAUGUUUAAGAAUGAGGAAUGUGAAAGUGUAGUUAAACGUAACAUUGUAAAAAAAAUCAUUUAGUUUAAGUGCUACUUUAUUUAUUCAACGAACGUGAUAACUUAAGGACAUUUCUCCACAAUUAAAAUACAUCUACAAAGAA